GUUUAUUUUGGUUGCCGUUGCCGAUUUUGAUUAAAAUUGAUUUUGUUUUUGUUUGACUUUAUAUCGAAUGUCGAUCAAACUGCUUUGUCGGAUCGGAAAUUACAAACAUAAUAAUUAUUUAUUGGUUUAGAUUCCUGUAAAUAAUAACAAUGAGCGAAUCAAGUGCAAAAGUUCCGGGUUAUAUGGGACAGUUGUUAGAAGAGCUGGGAUGGAACCAACGAACUAGGAUUCCUUUAGCAAAUCCUGACAAUCAAAACCUAGAGACUCUUCUUAUUGGAAGGCGGGACGAAAUACAACGUUUGAAGGAAAGUUUAAUUCUACAAAAACAAAAACUUAAUGACUUACACAAGUACAAAGAGCAUGUUAAUUCUGAGUAUCAAGAAAAUACUCGUUUACUAUUUGCAAAUAAGCAACAACUGGAGCAGCAGGUAAAGCUGAGACAGCUGGCUUGCAAUGAAGCUGACCGGCUUGAAAGAGAUGUUAUUGAAAGUAACAAGGAGUCUAGUAAUAUAUCCAGUAGGGUUGACCACCUUCAAGAUAAAAUUGCUCGUCUUCUCAAGAAGGCUGACUCACUAAAGAGUGAAGUAUGUGGCGAGCGUGGAGUCCUGCAGGAAUGGAGAGCUGCCCUAGACCGGAGUGCUGGGGAUAUAACUGCUAUUGAGCAGUUUACCAAACAAGAUCUAUCCAAAAUCAAGGCAUUAGAAACUAAAAGACAAAAGUUGAAGAUAGAACAUGACUGCAUGCAAGAACGUCUUGUCCAACUUGUCUCAAAUCUAAACGCUGAGGAGAGAGCAUGUGAGAGGAUUUCUUUUCAGGUAAUUGAAGGCAUGGAGCAAAGGAAGCAAAUGAUGCAGAUGUGGGCAGGAGCUGUUGAAAAUUUACGACAGCGAGACACGGAUAUUAGACAUAUUAGAGAGGAUUAUGCCGUUUUGGAGGCCGAAGCGAACAAUAUGGCGGAGCAGUGUCGCGAGCAACAGGCAUUCUGUGACCAGCAGAAAGGAAACAACGCGGACAUCAUGAAGGAAAACGUGGCGCUGAAUAACCAGCUCUCGCAGCUACGCAUGGCGUACCAGGAAACGGCCGCGAACAACGUCACGUGGGAUAGCGAGAACCAAGGACUCCAGCGAGUGCUGAGCAACAUGAGUAACAGUUUGGACAAGCUGCACUCUGAGAACAGGAAGAUACUGGAAGACCAGAGGCGGAAAGACGAGGCACUGAGCACAGUACAGAGUAAAAUAAGAGAGCUGAAGGAGAAGUUGACGGAGUCCUUAGACAAGUCAAAGUCUGCUGAAAAGAGAGCUAAAGAAUUGGAGGACAUGUUGAAUGAAGAAGAGCGAUACGCGAGUCAAGUGACGCAAAGCCAACAGCGCGCUAUGCAUUGCUCGUUCGUCGAGCAACAGAAGUUAUUGGCUCUUAAAAACGAGGAGAAAAUCUUCCAUAUGCAGCUAAAAGCAUCGAAGGCGAUUAUGAGCAAGCUGGAUAGCAAGCAGCUCAGUAUGGAGAGAGUUCUACAGUCACAGAAGGAAUCCCUCUACUCUAUUUGUUACCAAGUGGAAACGAUUGGCGCACGCGUUGCCCAUAUGGAAGGUGCCCAAGCUGAAAAAGAAUGUUCCGCGGAACUUGUUGAAAAAGAAAACAGACUGCGGGAGGUUCAGUCACGACACGCGGCGCGAGUGGCGAUCCUCGAACGUCACACAGGGAAGCUUCAGGACGAUAUGCGGCGACUCACACGAGAACUGGAGGUCAGGAGCACGGAGCUCAUUAAACUGCAAAGCCGUUUGAAGACGUCGAUGUUGAACGUAGAUGGAGGCGAGAAGGAGCUGAACGCAAGACGUGACGCGUGGCGUCGCUCGCGGGUCGAGGACGCGCUACUGAGGCUACGGGUGGCGCACGCAACCAGGGCGUUGGCUGGCCUCGACGACACCGCCUUCACCAUAGACAAACAGAGGCUUCAUCUCGACGCGGCCAUGAACGAGCGUCUGGUGGAGAUCGCAGCACGUCGCGACAUGUUCAGCGUUCAAAAACGCGCGCUCUUAGAAGACAUCGGCAAGCUGCGCAGUGAGAUACGUGAGCGGGAGAACCGGAUCGAGCAACUUGUUAAGAGAUACGACAUCUUCAUAGCUUCACUGGGUAAAGAUGAUGCUGGACAGCAGCUGUCUGUAACAUUCUUCAAGAUUAAGUUCGCGGCGGAGCGCGCGGAGUUACGAGAGCGCGGCGCAGCGCUUGACGCCGACAUCGGGCGCCGCGAGCGAGACAUCUCCGCGCUGGAGGCGACGCUGCGGGUAGUGCACGCGGCGCAUGCGCACUUCAUGCACCACAUAUCGCCGCUGCAGGACGACAUGCCCGAGGUACAAGAGCUGAAUGAACUCACGCAGCAGUACUACGAGAUGCGCGCCGAGGUGAAGCAGCUUUACAGCAGGAUCAGCUCGCUGGAACAGUCCGUGAACGAGAGCAGCGAGCAGCUCACCAGGGCCAGUGACAAGUGCAAACAGCUCUCUGCGAGGGAAUCUGAGUGUGAAAGUGAGUUGGAGGCAGCUCAGGAGCGCAUACAGCGACAGGAGAGCCGGCUGAGCAACGCGCACGACGUGGUCAGAGCUAACGCGAGACGAGCCAAGAAACUGGUCGAGGGCGGGGACGGCUGGAGGAUAUUCCAGAUGUCGUUAUGCGUGCGGAACUAUACGGAGGCUGCUUGGAGCGCCAUGCAGGCCAUCUCGGAGGCGUGCGAGAAGAACGCUGCGGCGCCCAGGCUGCGUGCGCUGCUUACCCUCACCGACCUGGUGCAGCACCUGGCGCCGCACCAGCGACGGUUGCACCUGCUUAUCAACAGAAUUAUAAGCGACACAACAGAUGGCCAGUCCAAAGAGUCUUAUGCUGAUAUAGAUCAGAGCGUAUUCUCGACGUCCUCGGAAUCCUCCCGCAGCGGCGUGAGCGUCGCCAGUGGCUUCACUAAGCGGCUCUCUGCGUUCCGGAGAACACUCGCGCCCAAAGUGCAAGAACCGGCGUUGGUCGACGAAAUACCUGAGCAAGCUCGCCGUUCUUCAGUAUCUCUGCGAGUCGUGACAUUGGGAUUCCUAGAGCAGGCACCCGAAAAGCAGCCCUCAACGACAAGUGCUAGGUCGCGGAAAUCAUUCCGUUAAAGAUCUUGUCACAAGAACAACUCAAACUCACCCUAUUAUGUUGGUUUAACAAUUAACUUGAGAAUUUAAAUGCUCUUUAAAUAAGUUGCUUUGGUAAUUUUAUACUGAGCCACAUAAUCCAAUCAUAUAUCACCUCUGAAACAUAGUAUUUUUAACUUAUAUUUUUAUGAAUUUUUAUCAUGUUUUUGCUAUUUACAAGAACAGAGAAGCAUUAUAUAAAAAAACAAUACAAUAUUAUAGUAAUUGUUCAUUAUACUGACAUAAAACAUAUCUUAUUUAUAUCACUGUCACAUUAUGUUCUCAGACUUCAGAUGCUUUGAGAAUCUUUUAGAAAUAUGAGUGUUGUUUUUGUAGUGUAUGAGUGCUUAAUUAUUUUAUAUUGAAAUAAUCCUACAAACAGACAAAUUUUUUGUCAUAUUUUAUAAAUUAAAUUUAUUAUGA